UAGAAGAAAGAGAAGAAAAUAAUAAAAAAAUUAAGGAUAAUAGAAAUUUUAGGGUAUUUGAUGUAGUGCACAGUGAAAAGUGAUUAUCUAAAUUUAAUAAAGUGAAUCAUUUACCUUAAAUUUUAGAUAUAGUAAUAGAGAAAUUGAUAUGGAUGCUCUAAUCUAAGUAUGUAUGUGAGUUUGUUGUGAUAGGUCCGGUGAAAAUGGCUCAUUUGGGUGUUUCACCUUAUAUCGAUUUCAUCUUUUAUGUGAUUAUAAUUUUAAUUUUAUUUUUUUUUAAAUCUUAUUUUACAUUACUUUCAACGGUGCAUGUGGAAUAAAUUAAUCAUAGUGCUCUAUUUUAUUUUAAAUAAUUCAAUAAAUUAGUAUAUAUAUCUCGGCUGAGGUCAAGUCGCUUCGCUGCGAUUGUUCUUCUUUGUUUUGCUCGAACAAUCGAAGAAGAGUGACAGCGUGGGAGAGAGAGAGAGAGGCGGUGAAAGGCGGAACGCCACCGACCGAGCCUUCCUCCCUGUUGGUAUUCGCAUUGGAUUAUAGGGUUUCGUCCUCUCCGGCACGUGGGUCGCCGUGAAUCCAGUCAGGUAAGCUUUGGACAUUGGAGUUGCAAGGGGGAGGAUAGCAUACUUCUGUGAGUUUCAUGGGUUCUCGCAUAAUCACUCCCGAGGAUGUUUUAGAGUCUCUGAUGGAUGAUGGAACCAUAGAUGCCAUCAGAUUGAAGAUCAUUAACCAACUGAAGGCCAAUGAAGAGCUUAAAAACAAUACAAUCACUAUGGUGGAGCAAAGCAAAGUUCUUAACUCCCAUGGUGCAGAGAAACAGACUAAGAGAGAGUUAUUUGAUGCGCUAAGACGUGAACUUGAAACUCAGGUGCUUGAGAAGGCAUCAAGGGCUGUUUGGGAGCUGAUUCUUGAUGAGAGUGACUUGGGAAAGGAGAUCAGCGAAACAGUUGAAAGAGUCUUCUGUAGAUUAAGUGGCCAAGAGUUUUUGCCACCACCCCCGCCUACUACAAGUUAUGUUCAUGAGUCAAAUAAAGUAGAAGAAGCACAGGAAACGGAAGCAGAGAAGGUGAAGGAUAUAGAGAUGUCUGAGUCAUCGACAAAGAAAAGGACCUUCAGCGAAAUGAAUGUAAAGGAGCAGAACUAGUUGCUAAUGGCACGACUAACCAUCCUGCUGUAUCACAUGAUGUUGCACCAUGCUAUAGCAAUCUAACAACGCGACAUCAUGCACGUUCACUUUUUGAUGUUGAAGGUAGACUACUAUGACAAAUGAACUUGCUUGGAAGAUUUUGUGUAAGCAUUUGCUAGGAAGAUUUUUUGUAAAAUUUCACUUUGUUCUAUCAUUCCUAGUGCCUGUGGUUAGGUUUAUAAAGAGACCUAGCUGCAUGAUUUACUUCUGAA